CAUGUGUGACCAAAGUCCCAAGAGGAGAAUGGAGAAGUCAAUGAAAGGAUUUUAUUUUGCGAAGCUGUACUAUGAAGCUAAAGAAUAUGAUCUUGCUAAAAAAUACAUAUGUACAUAUAUUAAUGUGCAAGAGAGAGAUCCCAAAGCUCACAGAUUUCUGGGUCUUCUUUAUGAAAUGGAGGAAAAUGUAUGCAAAGCUGUUGAAUGUUAUAAGCGUUCAGUGGAAUUAAACCCCACACAAAAAGACCUUGUGCUGAAGAUUGCAGAAUUGCUUUGCAAAAAUGAUGUUACUGAUGGAAGAGCCAAGUACUGGGUUGAAAGAGCAGCUAAACUUUUCCCAGGAAGUCCUGCAAUUUAUAAACUAAAGGAACAGCUUUUAGAUUGUAAAGGUGAAGAUGGAUGGAAUAAACUUUUUGACUUGAUUCAAUCAGAACUUUAUGCAAGACCUGAUGAUGUCCACGUGAACAUCCGACUAGUGGAGCUCUAUCGCUCAAAUAAGAGGUUGAAGGAUGCAGUGGCUCACUGCCGCGAGGCAGAGAGGAGCGUAGCUUUGCGCUCUAGUUUAGAAUGGAAUUCAUGUGUUGUGCAGACACUGAAGGAAUACUUGGAAUCUGUACAGUGUGUGGAGUCUGAUAAAAGUAACUGGCGAGCAACCAAUAAAGACUUGCUCCUGGCCUAUGCUAACCUUAUGCUUCUCACGCUUUCCACUCGAGAUGUGCAGGAAAGUAGAGAGCUGCUGGAAAGUUUCGAUAGUGCUCUUCAGUCUGUGAAGUCCUCUGUGGGUGGAAACGAUGAACUGUCAGCUGCUUUCUUAGAAAUGAAAGGCCAUUUUUACAUGCAUGCUGCAUCUCUGCUCUUGAAGAUGGGUCAGCACAGUGAUGUGCAGUGGCGAGCUCUCUCUGAGUUGGCUGCAUUGUGCUACCUCAUAGCGUUUCAGGUUCCAAGACCAAAGAUUAAAUUAAUAAAAGGAGAAGUUGGGCAAAAUCUGUUGGAAAUGAUGGCCUAUGAUCGUCUGAGUCAAUCAGGGCAUAUGUUGCUAAACUUAAGUCGUGGCAAGCAAGAUUUUUUAAAAGAGGUUGUGGAAUCUUUUGCCAAUAAAAGUGGACAGUCUGCUUUAUAUGAUGCUCUGUUUUCCAGUCAGUCAUCUAAGGAUAGCUCUUUCCUCGGUAGCGAUGAUAUUGGAAACCUUGAGGUACAAGCUCCCGAGCCCAGUGAACUGGCUAGAUAUGAUGUUGGUGCCAUUCGAGCACAUAACGGUAGUCUUCAGCACCUUACCUGGCUUGGCCUACAGUGGAAUUCAUUGCCUACCUUACCUGCAGUUCGAAAGUGGUUGAAACAGCUUUUUCAUCAUUUGCCUCAGGAAACUUCAAGGCUUGAAACAAAUGCACCUGAAUCAAUAUGUAUUUUAGAUCUUGAGGUAUUUCUACUUGGAGUAAUAUUUACCAGCCACUUACAAUUAAAAGAGAAAUUUAGUUCUCAUUGCAACGCCUAUCAGCUGCUAUCCUUGCCACUCCCUGUGUGUAAACAACUUUGUACAGAAAGACAGAAAACUUGGUGGGAUGCAGUUUGUAAUCUGAUCCACAGAAAAGCUAUACCUGGAACCUCAGCAAAAUUGCGACUUCUAGUUCAGCAUGAAAUAAACACCCUUAGGGCCCAGGAAAAACAUGGCCUUCAACCUGCUCUGCUUGUGCACUGGGCAAAGUGCCUUCAGAAAACGGGGAGUGGUCUUAAUUCUUUUUAUGAUCAACGGGAAUACAUAGGCAGAAGUGUUCAUUAUUGGAAGAAAGUUUUGCCAUUGUUGAAGAUAAUCAAAAAGAAGAGCAGCAUUCCUGAACCUAUUGAUCCUUUAUUUAAGCAUUUUCAUAGUGCAGACAUUCAGGCAUCUGAAAUUGGUGAAUAUGAAGAAGAUGCACACAUAACCUUUGCUGUAUUGGAUGCAGUUAAUGGAAAUAUAGAAGAUGCUAUGACUGCUUUUGAAUCUAUAAAAAGCGUUGUUUCAUACUGGAAUCUUGCACUGAUUUUUCACAGGAAAGCCGAGGACAUUGAAAAUGAUGCCCUUUCACCUGAAGAACAAGAAGAAUGCAAAAAUUAUCUGAGAAAGGCCAGGGACUACUUAAUAAAGAUUUCAGAUGACAGUGAUUCUGAUCUUUCAGUGGUCAAGAAACUGCCUGUGCCUCUGGAAUCUGUGAAAGAGAUGCUUAGUUCAGUCAUGCAGGAGCUUGAAGACUAUAGUGAAGGAGGUCCUCUUUAUAAAAAUGGCUCUUCGCGAAAUACAGAUUCAGAGGUAAAACAUUCUACACCAUCUCCCACCAAGUAUUCACUGUCGCCAAGUAAAAGUUAUAAGUAUUCUCCCAAAACACCACCCAGAUGGGCAGAAGAUCAAAAUUCUUUACUGAAAAUGAUCUGUCAACAAGUAGAGGCCAUUAAGAAAGAAAUGCAGGAAUUGAAACUAAAUAGCAGUAACUCAGCAUCCCCUCAUCGGUGGCCCACAGAGAAUUAUGGACCAGACCCUGUGCCUGAUGGAUAUCAGGGAUCACAGACUUUUCAUGGGGCUCCUCUCACAGUUGCAACUACUGGCCCUACAGUAUAUUAUAGUCAGUCACCAGCAUAUAAUUCCCAGUAUCUUCUCAGACCAGCAGCUAAUGUUACUCCCACAAAGGGUCCAGUUUAUGGCAUGAAUAGGCUUCCACCCCAGCAACAUAUGUAUGCCUAUCCACAACAGAUGCACACACCACCAGUGCAAAGCUCAUCUUGCAUGUUCUCUCAGGAGAUGUAUGCUCCUCCUGCGUUGCGUUUUGAGUCUCCUGCAACGGGAAUUCUGUCACCCAGGGGUGAUGAUUACUUUAAUUACAAUGUUCAGCAGACAAGCACAAAUCCACCUUUGCCAGAACCAGGAUAUUUCACAAAACCUCCUGUUGCAGCUCAUGCCUCAAGAUCUGCAGAAACUAAAGUUAUAGAAUUUGGGAAAACUAAUUUUGUCCAGCCUAUGCCGGGUGAAGGAAUAAGGCCAUCUUUGACAACACCAGCACAUACAACACAGCCAACCCCUUUUAAAUUUAACUCAAAUUUUAAAUCAAAUGAUGGUGAUUUCACAUUUUCCUCACCGCAAGUUGUGACACAGCCCCCUUCUACAGCUUACAGUAAUAGUGAAAGCCUUUUAGGUCUCCUGACUUCAGACAAGCCUUUGCAAGGAGAUGGUUACAGUGGACCAAAACCAAUUCCUAGUCAGACCAUGGGUCCUCGAAAUACAUUUAAUUUUGGAAGCAAAAAUGUGUCUGGAAUUUCAUUUACAGAAAGCCUGGGGCCAAAUCAAAAGAAUUCUGGUUUUCGUCGAAAUGAUGAUAUGUUUACUUUCCAUGGUCCAGGGAAGUCAGUAUUUGCAACACCAUCUCCAGAGGUGGCCAACAAGAGUCAUGAGACAGAUGGAGGAAGUGCCCAUGGGGAUGAGGAUGAUGAUGGCCCUCACUUUGAGCCUGUGGUACCACUUCCUGAUAAGAUUGAGGUUAAAACGGGUGAGGAAGAUGAAGAAGAAUUCUUUUGCAAUCGUGCAAAAUUGUACCGUUUUGAUGGGGAAUCCAAAGAAUGGAAGGAACGUGGAAUUGGGAAUGUAAAAAUACUAAGACAUAAAACAUCUGGCAAGAUUCGCCUUCUGAUGAGACGAGAGCAAGUGUUAAAAAUCUGUGCAAAUCAUUACAUCAGUCCAGAUAUGAAACUGACACCAAAUGCUGGAUCAGACAGAUCUUUUGUAUGGCAUGCCCUUGAUUAUGCAGAUGAAUUACCAAAACCGGAACAACUUGCUAUUAGAUUCAAAACUCUUGAAGAAGCAGCACUUUUUAAGUGCAAGUUUGAAGAGGCCCAGAGCAUUGUAAAAGCCUCAGGAACAAAUGUAACCACAGCAUCAAAUCAGACUGUUAAAAUUGUAAACGAAUCCACAAGUCAUGAUAAUAAGGAUAUUUCCAAAUCUGAUGCUGGAAACAUGAAUUUUGAAUUUCAAGUUGCAAAGAAAGAAGGGUCUUGGCAUUGUAACAGUUGCUCAUUAAAGAAUGCUGCAGGUGUUAAGAAAUGUGUAUCAUGCCACAAUCUAAACCCAAACACUAACGACUUCCUUGGCCCACCAUUAGUUGAAACUGUUUCUGCCCCUAAACCUGGCCCAGAAAACACUCAAGAUAGAUUCAUGUUGAUGACUCCAAAGAAAGAAGGCCAUUGGGAUUGCAGUACUUGUUUAAUGAAAAAUGAACCUACUGUGUCUAGCUGCACUGCAUGCCAGAGUGCAAAGUCUGCCAACAAAAGUGGCUCUUCCUUGGUUCAUCAGUCUUCCUUUAAAUUCGGCCAAGGAGAUCUUUCUAAGUCUGUGAAUAGUGAUUUCAGAUCUGUUUUUUCGACAAAGGAAGGACAGCGGGAUUGUAGUGCAUGCUCAGUUCGAAAUGAAGGAGCCUCUACAAAAUGUGUUGCUUGUCAGAAUCCGACUAAACCAAGUUCAUCUAGUUCUGCUGUUCCAGCUCCUGCCUCUUUUAAGUUUGGUACUUCAGAGACAAGCAAGGCUCCAAAAAGUGGAUUUGAAGGAAUGUUCCUUAAGAAGGAAGGACAGUGGGAUUGUAGUACAUGCUUGGUGAGAAAUGAAGCAAAUGCUACCAAAUGUAUUGCUUGUCAGAACCCAAGUAAAGAAAAUCAGCCUACUUCUGCUAUUCCUGCACCUGUCUCUUCAGAGACAAGCAAGGCUCCAAAGAGCGGAUUUGAGGGUAUGUUCACCAAGAAGGAAGGACAGUGGGAUUGUGGCACAUGCUUGGUCAGAAAUGAAGCAAGUGCUACCGAAUGUGUUGCUUGUAAGACUCCAAGUAAACUGAAUCAGCCUGCUUCUGUUCCUGCACCUGCCUCUUCAGAGACAAACAAGUCUUCAAACAGUGGGUUGGAAGGAAUGUUCGCCAAAAAGGAAGCACAGUGGGACUGUAGUGUUUGCUCUGUGCAGAAUGAGAGCUCUUCCUUAAGAUGUGGGUCUUGCAGUGCCCUUAAACCUAAUGCAGAAGCUCCUUCAGCUUUCUCACUGGGCUUAAAAACAAAGCUGAGUGAUGCUUCUGGAAGUCAGCUGGGGACAGGAUUCAAAAGUAACUUUGCAGACAAAGGGUUUAAAUUGGGCAAUACAGAGCAAGGAUUUAAAUUUGGGCAUGCAGAUCAAGAGAAUGCAUCUUCAUUUACGUUUCAGGGUUCUUCUAAUACAGAAUCUAAGUCGACAAAAGAGGGAUUUAGUUUUUCCACCCCUGUGUCUGCUGAUGGAUUUAAAUUUGGCAUUCAGGAACCUCAAGAAAAGAGUGAAAAGCACUUCGACAGUGACAUUGUUUCCCAGGCUCAGGGUGUUAGUAGCCAGAAGAAUGGUGGUGCUGUGAUAUUUGGUCAAACAAGCAGUACUUUUACCUUUGCAGACCUUGCAAAAUCAACUUCUGGAGAAGGGUUCCAAUUUGGCAAAAAAGACCCAAAUUUCAAAGGAUUUUCAGGUGCUGGAGAAAAAUUAUUCUCAUCACAAAGUGGUAAAAUGGCUGAUAAAACCAGUACUUCUGCUGAUCUUGACAAAGAUGAUGACGCCUAUAAGACUGAGGAUAGUGAUGAUAUCUAUUUUGAACCAGUAGUUCAGAUGCCUGAAAAGGUGGAACUUGUAACAGGAGAAGAAGAUGAAAAGGUUCUCUACUCGCAGCGGGUAAAAUUAUUUAGAUUUGAUGCUGAGGUAAGUCAGUGGAAAGAAAGAGGUUUGGGGAACUUAAAAAUUCUCAAAAAUGAAGUUAACGGCAAACUGAGAAUGCUGAUGCGAAGGGAACAAGUGCUGAAGGUAUGCGCUAACCACUGGAUAACAACCACCAUGAACUUGAAGCCUCUCUCUGGGUCCGACCGAGCCUGGAUGUGGCUAGCUAGUGAUUUUUCUGAUGGCGAUGCCAAACUAGAGCAACUGGCAGCAAAAUUUAAAACCCCAGAGCUGGCUGAAGAAUUUAAGCAGAAAUUUGAAGAAUGCCAGCGACUUCUAUUAGAUAUUCCACUUCAGACUCCACAUAAACUUGUAGAUACUGGCAGAGCUGCCAAGUUAAUACAGAGAGCUGAAGAAAUGAAGAGUGGACUAAAAGAUUUCAAAACAGUUCUGACUAACGAUCAAACAAAAGUCACUGACGAUGACGAGAGUAAGAGUUCAGGCUCAGGUGCCGUCAGCACUUCGGAGACAACAGUCAAGCCAAGUCCUGAGAACACUGGGCCGGCAUUGGAGUGGGAUAACUAUGACUUAAGGGAGGAUGCUUUAGAUGAUAGUGUGAGUAGUAGCUCAGUACACGCGUCUCCACUGGCAAGCAGCCCUGUGAGGAAAAAUCUCUUCCGCUUUGGUGAGUCAACAACAGGAUUUAACUUUAGUUUCAAGUCUGCUUUGAGUCCAUCUAAGUCUCCUACCAAGUUGAAUCAGAGUGGGACUUCAGCUGGCACUGAUGAAGAAUCUGAUGUUACUCAAGAAGAAGAGAGAGAUGGACAGUACUUUGAACCUGUUGUACCUUUACCUGAUCUAGUUCAUGUUUCCAGUGGUGAGGAAAAUGAACAGGUUGUUUUUAGUUACAGAGCAAAACUCUAUAGGUAUGAUAAAGAUGUUGGUCAGUGGAAGGAAAGGGGUAUUGGCAAUAUAAAGAUUUUACAGAAUUAUGAUAAUAAGCAAGUUCGCAUAGUUAUGAGAAGGGACCAGGUAUUAAAACUUUGUGCCAAUCACAGAAUAACUCCAGACAUGACUUUGCAAAAUAUGAAGGGGACGGAAAGAGUGUGGGUUUGGACUGCUUGCGAUUUUGCAGAUGGAGAAAGAAAAGUCGAACAUUUAGCUGUUCGUUUUAAACUGCAGGAUGUUGCAGACGCAUUUAAGAAAAUUUUUGAUGAAGCAAAAGUAGCCCAAGAAAAAGAUUCUUUGAUAACACCUCAUGUUUCUCGUUCGAGCACUCCCAGAGAGUCACCCUGUGGCAAAAUUGCUGUAGCAGUGUUAGAAGAAACGACAAGGGAGAGGACAGAUUUGAUUCAAGGUGAUGAUGUGGCGGAUGUAGCUUCAGAAGUCGGGGAAGUGUCCAGCACAUCCGAAACGACAACAAAAGCAGUGGUUUCUCCUCCAAAGUUUGUAUUUGGUUCAGAGUCUGUUAAAAGCAUUUUUAGUAGUGAAAAAUCAAAACCAUUUGCGUUUGGCAACAGUUCAGCCACUGGGUCUUUGUUUGGUUUCAGUUUUAAUGCACCUUUGAAAAGUAACAAUAGUGAAACUAGUUCUGUAGUCCAAGGUGGAUCUGAAAGAAAACCGGAACCCAACAAGUGUGAGCUGUCCAUGAACUGUGAUUCCAAACAAUCUUCAGAUGGCAAAGCAAAAAAUCUCUUUACUUCCUUUCCGAAGGAAGAAUCCUCAACUAAUUACACAUUUAAGAUGCCUGAAACAGGAUUUAAUUUUAGCCUUUUUAAAUGUAACCCAAUGGCGUUUUGGACCAGCACCCCUUCCUCACAGCCCGAGAGUAAAGCAAAAGAGAAGGAAAAACCCGAAGAUUCUUCCUCAGAUGAUGAUGUUCUCAUUGUAUAUGAGCUGACCCCAACUCCUGAGCAAAAAGCUCUUGCAACUAAACUGAAACUUCCUCCCACUUUUUUCUGCUAUAAGAAUAGACCAGACUAUGUCAGUGAAGAAGAAGAGGAUGAUGAAGAUUUUGAAACAGCUGUCAAGAAACUGAAUGGAAAGCUUUAUCUGGAUGACUCAGAGAAACGUAAGCCUGUGGAAGAAAAUCUAGCAGAUAAUGAGAAAGAAUGUGUUAUUGUUUGGGAGAAGAAGCCAACAGUUGAAGAGAAGGUGAAAGCAGACACAUUAAAGCUCCCACCUACAUUUUUUUGUGGCACUUGCAGUGAUACUGAUGAGGACAAUGGAAAUGGGGAAGACUUUCAGUCAGAACUUCAGAAAGUUCAGGAAACUCAAAUAGCCCAGAGUGAGACAGUAACUAGCACAGCUGAGAGUUUGUAUACAGGUGGGACUGAGGUGACUGUGCCUCUUUUCUGUAAAGCUGAAGAACCUGACGCUAUUACCACAUCUGUUAGUUCACUGCCCGUUUCCUCUGGGACUGCAGACACACCUGUAGAUUUGUCUACUAGAAAGGAAAUUGAUACAGCUCCUACAAGUGAAGUGGAGAACAAAACAGUUUCAUUUGGAUUUGGAAGUAGCACAGGGCUGUCAUUUGCAGACUUGGCUUCCAGCAAUUCUGGGGAUUUUGCUUUUGGUUCUAAAGAUAAAAAUUUCCAGUGGGCAAAUACUGGAGCAGCUGUAUUUGGAGCACAGUCCACUAGUAAAGUUGGCGACGACGAAGAUGGUAGCGAUGAAGAAGUAGUUCAUAAUGAAGAUAUCUAUUUUGAACCAAUAGUGUCAUUACCAGAGGUAGAAGUAAAAUCUGGAGAGGAAGAUGAAGAAAUUUUGUUUAAGGAGAGAGCCAAACUGUACCGGUGGGAUCGAGAUGCCAGUCAGUGGAAGGAACGUGGUGUUGGAGAUAUAAAGAUUCUCUGGCACACAAUGAAGAACUACUAUCGGAUCCUCAUGAGACGAGACCAGGUCUUUAAAGUGUGUGCAAACCACGUUAUUACCAAAACAAUGGAAUUAAAGCCUUUAAAUGUUUCAAAUAAUGCAUUAGUUUGGACUGCCUCAGAUUAUGCAGAUGGAGAAGCAAAAGUGGAACAGCUUGCAGUGAGAUUUAAAACUAAAGAAAUGGCUGAUUGUUUCAAGAAAAAAUUCGAAGAAUGUCAACAGAAUCUAUUGAAACUCCAGAAAGGACAGGUAUCACUGGCAGCAGAGUUGUCAGCGGAGACCAAUCCCAUGGUGUUUUUUGAUAUUUGUGCAGACGGUGAACCUCUAGGACGGAUAACCAUGGAGUUAUUUUCAAACAUUGUUCCUCUAACAGCUGAGAAUUUCAGAGCACUAUGUACUGGAGAGAAGGGCUUUGGAUUCAGGAACUCUAUUUUUCACAGAGUAAUUCCAGAUUUUGUUUGCCAAGGUGGAGACAUUACCAAACAUGAUGGAACAGGAGGAAAGUCCAUUUAUGGAGAUAAGUUUGAAGAUGAAAAUUUUCAUGUGAAACAUACUGGCCCUGGCUUAUUAUCCAUGGCUAAUCGAGGCCGGGAUACUAAUAAUUCUCAAUUUUUUAUAACGUUGAAAAAAGCAGAACAUUUGGACUUUAAGCAUGUAGUGUUUGGGUUUGUUAAGGAUGGCAUGGAUACUGUGAAAAAGAUUGAAUCAUUUGGUUCUCCUAAAGGGUCUGUUAGCCGAAGAAUUAGUAUCACAGAAUGUGGACAGAUAUAAAAUCAUUGUUUUCAAAGUAAAUUUUAUCUGUAUAAACAGUUGAAUAGAAGCUUAGCUGUCACAGACGAUCUGAUGAUUAUGUUCAGCUUUUGAAAAUGGACGUUUCCAAUGUACAAAUGUAAAAUUACAGCUUAUAGCUGUUGUCUCUUUUUACUGUGUUAUAAUUGACUUUGCAUGGUGUGAAAUAAAAGUUUGAACACUGGUGUA